AUGGAGACGAGUUUCUACCGAUCUGCUCUGCUUGUGACCUUGUCACUCUUCUUCUUCUUCAUUCCGGUAUCAAUCUCUGUCCCAUUCAUCCUCUUUCACGGGUUCCAAGAUCAAUGCUCUAAUGGUGGAGUGAGGAGCUUCACACAGCUCCUUAGAAACCUCUCAGGCUCCUCUGGCUCUUGCUUAGAAAUAGGAAACGGAGAAGAAGAUUCCGCGUCCAUGCCGCUAACGCAACAAGCGAGGAUAGCGUGUGAGAAAGUGAAAAAGAUGAAAGAGCUGAGUCAAGGUUACAACAUUGUUGCACAGUCUCAAGGAAGUUUAGUCGCUAGUGGCUUGAUCGAGUUCUGCGACAAUGCUCCUCCUGUCGUCAACUAUAUCUCCUUAGGAGGUCCUCACGCUGGCAUAUCCGACAUCCCCGACUGUGCUGUGAGACCUUCUCCAGAUUAUUGCCAAGAGCUGAGAGCAAUGGUCUACACCGACUACGCUCAAGAUAAUAUUGCUCCAAGUGGUUAUGUCAAAAUCCCUACCAAUAUGUCAGAGUAUUUAGCACAUUCCAAGUAUCUGCCGAAGCUCAACAACGAGAGACCUAACCAGAGGAACUCCAUUUUUAAAGCACGUUUCACCAGUUUACACAACUUGGUCCUAGUCAUGUUUCAAGGUGAUACAAUUGUGGUUCCCAAAGAAAGUUCUUGGUUUGGAUAUUACCCGGAGGGAGCUUCAACACCUCUUUUGCCUCCUCAACAGACAAAGCUAUAUACUGAGGACUGGAUUGGUCUGAAAACAUUGGAUGCUGCCGGAAAAGUGAAGUUUGUCAGUGUCCCUGGAAAGCACCUCCAGAUGGCGCGAGAUGACGUUGUGAAACACGUCGUGCCUUACCUCAAGAACUAG